AUGGACCGCCAACGGGGAAGACGGCUCAUAAGGGCUCGUGAAUACACCUUCACCAACCCGAUCAUGUCCGUACAGGUCCUCCCAUACUCCGUCGAGAAGUACAACAAAGUGCCUGUCCUUGGCACCUCUGCGCAAGACUUUCAGUAUCGGCAAGGCGAAGCGUUUGUCCUUAGCUCCCUACGACUUCUUCUUUUCGAAUACAAGCUCAGCGAUACCUUUGGUGUCGUGCUUCUUCAUCGCCAUUUCGACCUCGACAAGGAUGAAAAACUGGUGGACUAUAACAACCAAGCUACGAGCUGCAGGCUACAGGAUGACGAGCUCGUCGGUGGUCAGGUCGUGCCAGUCAGCUGGCGAGUCAUGAAAACCCCGGGAUCUCCUGACGUGAUGCCGUUCGAAUUCGAGUUCCGACCUCUGAGCAAGGACAAAGGCAUCGAUCUCGCCAUCCCGCAAUACCAGCCAUUCUUGAAAGAUUUGUCUCCACCAUCAUCGCUGGUGGCUACGAAGACUGUGUCGGAUUAA